GUAAUAGAGUUAUUAGUUUUUGUGUCAUUAAACUUUAUUAGGUAUAGCUUUAAUUGAGUUUUUUUAAACCUACAAUGAGUCAACGACGACUGCAUCGUUCCAGUAACACGAAUGAAGAAAUCGAUGCUAGUUUGGAUGAUGCUGUAAAAGAAUGUGUUAGGUUUAUUACUUGCCGGGAAGGGAGCAAAAAACCUAUUAAAAGGGCGGAAAUCUCAACGCAUUUGCAGACUACUUGUCAAACUACAAACAAUCCAAUAAACUCUGUGAUAAUUGAGGCUAAUAAAUUAUUAAAACGGGUAAAUUGUGCAAUGACAAUAAGUGGUUAACUAUUAAAAAAUGUUUCAGUAUUUUUAUUUAGUCAAAAAUAAUUUUCAGGUUUAUGGUUAUAAACUUGUCCAAGUUGAGGCAAAAGGUGGGAUACAGUAUAUUUUGAUACUCACUGAAGAGAAUGAGUCUUUACAUUCCAGUACUGUUGAUCCCCAUCACAGAAAGUUGUUAAUUGCGGCUCUCACACAUAUUUUUAUGACUGGUGGUCCAGUUAAAGAAGAUGAUAUGUGGAAAUUCUUAGCUGAAGCUGGUCUGUUAGAAGAAAAUGAUCAUACUGGACGAAAGAUACUCACAAACAUAUUCACUAGGCAGUUGUAUUUGAUCUAUUCUAAGGUUGGUGAAGGUGACUUGGCUAGAUAUGUAUUUGAAUGGGGACAGCGUUCAAUUGAAGAAGUGCCCAAGCUCUUUUUACUGAAUAAAAUGGCACAGGUAUACUAUACUCCUUUAAUUAUUUCAUCUGAUAGUAUAAUAUGGUGUCUAUAUUCUUGUGUAAUGCUAUAUCAUUUACAGCACAAUUAUAUAUUUAUUUGCUUAGGUUGAAUGAAUCCUUUGUUUUCACCCAUCCGACAAUCAAACUCAGUAGUCUCAUUAGUCCGACAAUCAAAGCAAUGAAUC